AUGCCCAUUCCCCGACGCUCGAUGGGCCCUCGGCUCGGGGGCUCUUCAGGGAAACCCGAAACCAGCUCGAAGCCUGCAACCUCUAGCACAGUGAAUUCGAGACCUCUCCAGACGUCCUCCUCGGAGACCUUCGGAAGACCUAUCCUUGGCGUUGACCGCCCACACUUUUCAGAAAGGCCGUGGCUGGAUAAUGUCAAGGAUACAAUUUCUCUCCACUACAGCCCAGCUACUGCUCCGCCACCUUUACCACCACCGCCGCGCAUUCACGAUCUCGAAAAUGGCUACGAUGCCGGUUGGUUGUAUGCGAAUUCGAGCCGCUCGACAACAAGUCUUCCCCCAAUUAACCCGAAUUCGAGUCUGUUGGGGGGCCAUCGACGACCUGACUCUGCGCCGCGGAGUGAUCGCCCGGUUACAGCCCAAACAGUGAAUCGAUUGAAACUACUAACGCGACAACCUCACGCCGCACCGCCCCAGAUGGAACCUGGACCGCCGGGCAAGUACCGAAAUUGGCCUCAUCGAAUGAAUAUGUCGAUCACCGCCAGAAAGACGAUCAAGACGAUCUCAGACGACAUUUCGUGCGAACGGACACAAAAGAAACGGAAGCUGAAUGCGCUAUUGAUGAAUCAACGCAGACAAGAGAAGGUCUCUAGGAGCUAUGGCAAACCAAGGGAAACAACGACAAGGCAUUUCUGGGGCCACCAAGACCUUAGACCUAUUUCGCCAAGCCUGAUUGACCGAUCGAGGGUUUGGGCCGUGGAAGACUUUGGGGUGCGGGUAGGAAAGAAAAAGGUCUCCCCACAUGGCUCUCUUUCCCCGCCUGGGGUGAACAGUUUCAUGAGAGACAAACACGAAAUGAAUAACUUCGGAGACUAUGACACCCACCAACUACAUCCCCUCCCUGUAACCCCACCAUUCGUGACCGUCAUUGACGAGGACCGCACUAAACCUGCCGUCAAAUAUCCCAAGGGAACACCCGACCGUUUCCGUACGCCGCACCUGCCGGAAACCCAGACCCAAACGCGUCAUGGCGACUCGGUACUGAUGAGCUAUUUAGGCCCAGACCUUCCGGAGGUCGCGGUGCAUGCUCGUAACUAUCUGUACUCGGACUGGUUGCCCAAGCAGGAUCCGUUGCCCGUGGAAAAUGAACAUUCACAAAGGGGCCAGCACAAAUGUGAAUACCCAAACUGUGGUCGCUAUCUCCGACCACACAUGCUCAGCCACCAAACUGAGAGGCCAGAAAAGUGCCCGAUCGAGACUUGUGAGUAUCCUAUCAAGGGCUUUGCUCGUAAAUAUGAUAAGAACCGCCACAAUUUGACCCAUUUCAAAGGGACUUUGGUGUGCGGUUUCUGUCGAGGCGCGGGCUUUGCAGCGGAAAAGAGCUUCGUUCGUGCCGAUGUCUUCAAGCACCAUUUGACUUCGGUUCAUGGAGUGGAUCAGACUUUGCCAGGCAACUGUAAGGGCAAGAUUUCGGGGUCCACGAGCGUUCACCCGGGGAAAUGCUCGGUUUGCACGACAAGAUUCGGCAGUGCUCAAUCCUUCUACGACCAUUUAGACGACUGUGUUAUGAACAAAGUACUUCAGCAGCAACACAGCAACAAUAUUCAAAAGUGGGCGAGAGGGCUUCAUGGAUAA